UUUAAGGUUCAAAAUGCCACUCAAGCCCGGUGCAAAUCCCUACAAAAUUCUCCAUCUCGAAAAGGGAUGCACAGACAAAGAAAUUCAGAAGGCAUAUCGUGCACAGUGUCUUAAAUGGCAUCCGGACAAAAAUUUGGAUAAUAAAGAAGAAGCCGAACGUAGAUUCAUUGAAGCCAAAGAAGCAUUCGAUUUUUUAUAUGAUAAAGAGAAACGAGAAGAAUAUGAUAAUCGAGAAGAGAGAAUUCGAAUGGCUCAGGAACACCAUAGUAAACGAAUGGCUGAAGCAGAUGGAAAAAGGAAAAAGUUAAUUGAAGAUUUAGAAAAAAGAGAAAAGGAGUUUUCCAAUGGUGGAAAACGGUCAGCAGAUGGAUCAACUCCAAUGACAGCAGCACAACAAGCUAAAAAGAAGAAAACCGAUCAAAGAAACUUUAAAGAAGAAAUUGAAGCAAUUCGGAGGCAGUUGGAGAAAGAAGUCAACGAAGAGGUGAAACAGAAGGCAACAUUGAUGAAAACAGAAAGGGAAAAGCAUCAGAAAAGUCAAGAAAAAUUAACUCCUCGAUUACUUUUGAAAUGGAAAACAUCAGAAGGAUUAGACUAUUCUGAAGACGAUAUUCGAAAAUUAUUUUCGACUUUUGGAAUCAUAUCUCACAUAUCUUCGGCAAUAGAGAAAAAAGAUCGACGGAAACGAAUCCUCGAAUUUGAGUCGGGAGCAAAUGCAUGGGGAGCUGAACUUGAAACUGGGAAUGCUCCGAUGCCUGAAAUUACGUGUGAAUGGUUACAACCACCGGUGGAAACUGUGAAGAAAGCUUCGGAUGAGCCAGUAAAAUCAACUAAUACGGGUGCCAACAAUUUGGAGCACAUGUCUUUGGACGAUCUCGAAGCACAAAUUAUGGGUGGAUUCUAAUAUUUUCAUGUUUUUGUUUAUUUUUAUAUAAUUAUAAAAAUAAAACUUAGCUUAUUUAU